GCAGAAUUCCUACGGCUGUCUCUGGGAUUCAAAUGUGAUCUCUUUACUUUAGAGAAGAGAGUCAGGCUUGAAGAACGAUCUCGGGAUCUUGCGGAAGGGAGCCUGAGGAAAGAAAUUGCCGGUGCUUUGAAACUACUUGACUCUUUAGCCUCUCUGAGUGAAGAUAAUCAGGUGCUGGAGAUAGUUACUAAGCUGCAGAAGAGUUUGGACCUGCUGGAUCAGCAUGCCACCAGAAUUGCUAGCAAAGCAGAAAUGCUGGGAGCUGUUCAUCAGGAAAGCCGGGUCAGUAAGGCAGUAGAAGUGAUGAUUCAGCACGUGGAAAACUUAAAGCGUACAUACGCAAGAGAGCACGCAGAACUGGAAGAGCUGAAGGAGCUAUUACUCCAGAAUGAGAAGUCUUUCAGCUCUCCGGGGGACCGAGACGACUCUUCAAUUAGAAAACUCUCUGGUUCUCUCAAGCCUUCAUCACUACGCAGAGUUAGCACUGCACCCUUGCCUAGGAACAGUAAUGGAAAUGCAAUCACUUUUUUGCAACUGGCUCAGAUGAAUGAAACGGACGGAAACAACCGGAAUGAAAAAUUCAACAGGCGCUUGAGUUGGAGUCUAAAAGGAACCAAACCAAGAGAAAAACGGCCAUCGCUGCAACGAUUCAUUAGCUCAACUUCCUGGACAGAAUCGGAGGAAGAACAGCCUGAAUUAGAGGCUGCUCUUCAGGAAUCGGCAGCUCCAGAGAUCCAGGGAAGCAAAGCACGAAAGCUGAGCGAAAAGGAAAGCAACACAACUAAAGGGGGGCUACGCUCGCUAUGUACGAGAGUAUUUUCGUGGGCCUCUUCUCUUAGGACUUCCUUCUCCGGGAUUAGCAGAGCCCUCUAUGUCUCUCUCGUUGCAGUUGUGUUCUUUGCCAUCCUGGUGACUUUUUUCAUGGGGUUCUCCUUCCAUCAAUCUGUGGAAGCCGCUCCUGAUGGCACCGGGACCGCUUGGACCUCAGUACAGAAAUUCUUGUGGCCAUACACACGUCUUCUCCACCAUGGACCACCGCCUGUAUAGUUCAGCAGUAUUCAGAAUGGAUUUUUCUAAUGCAGGUUUUCUCAGUCCACCCACCUUCGAGCUGCCAAAGUUGAAAAUACACUCAUUUUUAUAGUGCCUGUUCAGCAUGUAGUCUUAAAUUGAAUAAUCGAGCAGACGGAUGAAGCAAUUUAGGUUUAUGACAUUUUAAAUUUCUGAAGGCCGGGAAAAAUGCAACGUUAAUGCAUCGUCUUAACAUUUCUGUUAAUAAUUUAGGACCACGUCAUUCAGAAACAAGAUACGAUUCAGUCUUUUCCGGCCAAGCGAGUCGAUCUUCUGAAUGAUUGCAACUAAUUUUUUUUUUUAAUUUCGUCAGUCUCUUCUCUCCUCCCCCCCCCCCCCACACACCCAUCCCGCCCCAAAAAUCUCACCAAAGAGCUUACAGAAACAAGACGUAUUUUUUUUAAAAAAAAAAAUUCAGGGCACGUAGUCUAUCCAUAAAAAGCUUACGGAUAUUUAUUUUAUUUUUCUUUUCUAUUAAAAAAAAAGAGAGACGUCUGAAGUGUGAUUUCUCCCACCUCUAAUUGACUGGAGUGUCUUAUGAACUCAAUAAAGUUUCUUAAGCAGC